AUGACGGCAAGAAUGCUGGCGGCAAGCUCAUUACCGAGCAUCUUAUUUCAGAAGUGUCUACGACGUGAAAAACGUGCCACGGGUCCCGAAUGUGAAGUGGACGAGUUCCUUGUGACCAGAAUGAAACGGCAAGCGUACAAUCCUUCGGGAAUUCUCGACAUUGUCAAACUACUCAGUAAGACUAUGGGAGAAGGAGGUGGUUCUGGUGGCUGCAUGAAAUUCCCGGCAUGUGUACUUGCACAGAAAAAGCGACGAAAGCGACAUGCAGAAAGGAUAGAGCAAUAUCAUAAGGAAGUUGCAGCUCAUAAGCAGGCUCUCAAGGAGCACGAAGAGCAGCAUAUUCGUCAAAAGCGUCAGUUCUUCUCUCCAGACGCAGGCGCGGCUUGUGUCCCUUGUCCCGCCUGGUUACGCUCGCAGUUGCUAGCCGAAGAAGAGAUCCACGAAUCAUCCGAGGAAUUGAAGAAGGGGUGA